AUGAGCGUCGCUUCGGAACUGUUCGAGUCUUAUGAGCACGACUUUGACCAAAUCUCUCAGUCCAUUUCAACGAAAAUAAACUCUACGCUUCCUUCACAAUCUGGAGAAAAACGUAAGUCUACAGUACGUGCGACCGAACGUGAAAUCGAUGAAGCCGAGGAAAUAAUUGGACAAAUGGAAAUGGAAGUGUUGAAUUUACAGCCUUCAACACGUACACGCCUUCAGGCUAAGAUGAGAAUUUACAAGAGUAAUUUGGAAAAGCUGAAACGUGAUUUGAAAAAAGUUUCUGCGAACGAUUCAGUGCCUACAGAUCGAGAUGAAUUACUUGCUGGAGCAAGUGCUACUGAUCUUGAUAGUGCUUCACUAGAUCAGCGUGCCAGGCUUUUGAAUGGAACUGAACGACUUGCAGAUAGUAGUAAGCGCUUACAAGAAAGUCAUAGAAUUGCUUUAGAAACUGAAACCAUUGGUGCUAGUGUACUGGAUGAUAUUCGUAGACAAAGAGAACAGAUCUUGCACACUAGAAAUACUCUCAUGGAAGCGGAUUCUUAUAUCGAUAAAGCACAACGCACUCUCAAGGGUAUGACUCGCCG